CUCGGGCCGGGGGCAGCCGGGGAGCCGGAAUGCGCAGCCUCACUAAUUCCAUCUAUUGCUGCUCUCCUGGCUCCGAGAUGACAGAGAGGAAUCUGAAUCCCAGGCUGGUUUGGGUUGGAAGGUUGGAUUUUAAGGCAUUUGGACUUAGAGGAAUGUCAGAUUUUCAAGGCUCCCAGUGUGUCCUGGUUUGGAUUGAUCUUCAGAAGCGGGCGUGCAGGCUGCUGGGCACCGCUCCAGGCGAGGCUGGUGCCCAGCUCGUGGGCUGUGCCAUGGACCAGGACUCCAGGCAGAAACUCCUCCCUGCCUCUGCUCCCUGGGCUGCCAAGACGAAGCAGAAUUCCGUGAUUUUGGAAAAUCAUGGGAGCAAAGGCAUUUCCCAGCCCUGCCCGAGAUGUGUUGCUGGAGAAUCUGGCCACUUCAGUCACAUCCUGGGCUUCUAGAAACGGAGAGGGGCAGAGGAGCAGCUCAGAUUUCCUGCUGGGGAACCCAGGAUGCAGCCCUGCCCUGCCCUGCUGCCCCUCUGGGCACCGUGCCCUGCAAGCUCACACCUGCCCAAAACGCUGCUGCUCCUCAGGUGGCUCAGAAUUUGGCCAUACAGGACAAGAAAAAGAUGAUUUCUUGUUUAGGUAGCUCAGAAUUUGUCUAAAAAGGACCAGAAAAGGCUGAUUUCAUGUUUAGGUAGUUCAGAAUUUGGCCAUAAAGGACAAAGAAAGGCUGAUUUCUUGUUUAGCUCAGAAUUUGUUUUAAAAAGGACAAGAAAAUUCAGAUUUCAUGUUUAGCUCAGAAUUUGUUUAAAAAGGACAAGGAAAGGCAGAUUUCAUGUUUAGGUAGCUCAGAAUUUGUCCAUAAAGGACAAGUAAAUUCAGAUUUCAUGUUUAGGUAGUUCAGAAAUUGUUUUAAAAGGACAAGAAAAGGCUGAUUUCAUGUUUAGCUCAGAAUUUGUCCAUAAAGGACAAGAAAAUUCAGAUUUCAUGUUUAGGUAGCUCAGAAUUUGUCCAUAAAGGACAAGGAAAGGCUGAUUUAAUGUUUAGGUAGUUCAGAAUUUGUCCAUAAAGGACAAGGAAAGGCAGAUUACAUGUUUAGGUAGUUCAGAAUUUAUUUUAAAAGGACAAGAAAAGGCAGAUUUCAGGUUUUAGACUGGUUAAGUUGAGCUGGCCGUGGGCCCAGGCUUCACCUGGGACUGAGCCAGAGCUUGUGUUGAUUCCAAAGGUUUUCCCAACAGCCCUGACCCCCUUGGAAAACGCUGCUGUGGAAAAUCCUCCUUGUGCAGGGCCACAGGCAGGAAUGGGAGGACACAAAUCUUCAUUUUUAAGUGGCUUUGCAGCUGUGAAGUCCAGGAAAAAUCCCAUUGAAGCUUACAUUUAAAUCCCAAAAAAAAAUCUGUUUAAAAAGGCCUGACCUCGUCACCCAGCAGGCUUUUAUUGGCAAAAAUCUAAGGACAGGUUAAUUAACCUCUGAAAGGUUAAUUUUGGGGGUUAUCAGGCUGCAAAAUCCACAGGCAAAGGUUUUUUGCAGUCCUUGAAUGCUUCCCAUGUUGUGUGUGGAGUUGGAGUCAGCACUGAAUUGAGAUAUUCUCAUUAAAUCAAUGAAUAUCACAUAAAUACUGAGUUUAAUUAAGUAAUACAUGAGGAAUUAAGUCUAAAAGCAGACCUGCACUUAAUUGGCAUUCAGAUUUUGGUUUUAAAAAAAAAAAUUCCUCCAAGCCAAUAAAAAUUUUAGUUAGAUUUAGAAUAAGUACUUUCAAGUUAGUAUUUACAUACAUGAUACCGAGAUCUGGGGGUCAGAAUUUGUGGGGAAUUCAUUUUUACAUCCCCCACCCUUGUCUUUUAAAAAUCCUGGUCAUCAAAGCAGUAUUUAAAAAAAAAAAAGUGGAUAAACAGCAGUUUCUGUGCUGCAAAAGCUGAAAUAUCUGAUUACAUGUAAAGGGUUAAAAGGGUUUAGUUCCUGCAGAAUCACUCAAAGCCUCAAGUGUGACUAGUAAUGAUUAGGACUGGUCAAAAAUUGGUUAAAUGUAGUCAAAAUUUGGGGUGUUCAAAGAGGGGAAUACCAAAACUGGACUCAGACUCUGUGAUGGAAGAGUUGCCU